UGCUGUGUUCAUGUAUUUACUAUAUAUGGUUUAUUUAUGAAUACAUAUAUUUGUGGUUUCCCUUAAGUUCGUAUUUCCCUGAAAGAGAUCUGUUAUAUGAAAAGCAUAUAAAAAAAACCCAAUACAUUCUUUAGAGUAUAGAGUAUAACCCUAACCCUAAAUAGAAACAGAAAAGAGAGAUUUAAAGAGAUUUAAAUGUGUUAGUAAACCAAAAACAACAUUCAGUAAAUAGUCAAUUAGAGGUUUUUCACCAAAAGAAAAUAAUACACAGCUUACAUCUCAAGACAAAUCAAAGCAUGAUAACUGAGGUUACUUACAUAGCUGACAUAACAAAGGGACCAUGCUUUUUCCAAAAUACCCAAGCUUUUCUACAGUUUAACAGUACUUUUACUACCAAGCUGGCUUACCAGCACAACUAUACUUUAUAUAUAAACAAAUCUUAACCACUAUUUAGAGCCAUGUCUAUUUAGAACCAUGUUUUCUUUUUCACUUUACUAAACUGUCAUUUCAUGCUUUCAAUAGUUAUCAUUUUAAUUAUUUAAUUUAAUAACUAACCAGCACCUAGAACACUAGCACCACUUUUCCAGUUUACCCAGCUCUGACACUAAAUAAACCAGUUUGAUAUCCAACUUGUCUAAGAUGAAUGUUUUAGCAAGAAUGCUUAUUUACAGAGUGACACCUCUGUAGCAUCACUAUCCACAACAUUUGAUUGAUUCCUGGUUAUGGUUAUAAAAUGUAUAAUCAUAGUUUAGAGGGCCAUCAGAGCACAGCCUUUGGAGAAGAGCUAUUUUUCAGUGACAUAUAAUGACAGCCUGAUGGUGAAAUUUACCAGACUUGUGUCAGAUUAAUCUGUCAUUACUCAUAACUGUGACAAAUAUGGACGCAACGAUUGCAGCUUUUUGCAUAAUAGGUUUGGAAAAGAUCACACACAGCCUUGAGAUGAACCGCUUGAGAUGAAUACACACGCGCGCGCGCGCGCUAGCGCUCGCACACGCACGUUCGCGCGCGCGCUGGCUAAAGAGGGGGCGUCACAUCAACUGUUGGGGGGAAAAAUCACCGCUGUAAUUCGCAUAUGCCAAGAAUGUAGAGGGGAAAAUAGGUCCAGAAACCGAGGCACGUGAGUGUUUCCGAUCGUUACAGGUUUUUACCAAUGCAGAGUAAAUAAACGCAAGAUUUUUUUUACAUAGAAAUACACUGUUUUGUUAUGAAGCUGAACGUGCUGUAGGAUAAUUGCGGCGCGAGCAUGCGCAAAAGGGUUAGUGUGUAAGAUGCAGUGCAUUGAUUUGAUCAGCGGAAAGCAACUAAUCAGGAACACCCAGGAGCUCACAUCCCUAAGUCUCUUACAAGGUCUUACAAGCUGAACUGGUAGAUUCAUCUAAAGAAUGUUGCCUGUACAUUCUCAACAAUGAGCCUUAUUGAACAGCUUUUUAUCAAGCUGGCAUAAUGAAGAGCUAGUGUUUGAAGUGCCACUGGUGAGAUCUUCUGGUGCAUCCCACAUCCCUGAAAGAAUCAUGGGUUGUGGUGGCUCUAGGACAGAUGCUUUGGAACCACGGUACCUGGAAAGCUGGACCAAAGAAACGGAAUCUACUUGGCUGACCAGCACCGAUGCAGACAUCCCAUUGUCUUCAAUUCAUAGCAUCCCCUCAGAUACGACAUCUGAGGUUGCGUUCACAUCAGAGAAAACCAACAACUCUGAUAUCUUCGAUGAUGGCCUGCCAGCUCCUGCUCAGGCGUACUUAAAGGUGUGUUCUGCUAUGUCUGAGGCUAGUCUUAAUGAUGUGAAAGAUGGUUGUCCUCAAACUAUACAGGCCUCUCAAGAACUGGAAGGGAUGCCCUCCUCACCAGGCACCACAGUGCAGAGGAGAAGUGUUGUUCGCACUGAAGAGAUUUGGCAGGACAACAGGAUGUCCACUAAGCAGGUGACCAUCACUGUGACCCAGAGCAUUCGUCAAGUGGACAAGAGUGGAAAGAUCAAAGACAAAUCCCACACUACUUUUGAGGUCAUGAAACCCCGGGAUUGUGUGAAGGAUGCAGACGCAGACUCGGUUUUGAAGUGAGACAUGAACUCAGCAUAGGGACUGACAUAAGGAUUGUCUUGUGAAAACUGUGAUGAACAGAAGGCAGCAUGGAACUGAAGAAGAGGGUAUGAUAUUGGCAGAAGUACAGGUCUGUAAAUGUGC